AUGAAUUCCUCCCUCCCCUCGGUCUCCUACAGCCUGGGGCAGCUCUGGCAAGAGGACAACCAGACCCACAGCGGGCUCUGGAAUGGGAGCCAGGAGCUGGGCUGGGAAGAGUUGGAGAAGAUGCUCUUCCUCUUUGUGAAGGAGCCCAUUACCAUCAGCCUCACAGCAAUGUACCUGGUGUCCUUCGUGGUGGGCUUUGUGGGCAAUAUCAUGUCCAUAAGGGUGCUCACACGGAAGCGCCGGAGUCGGAUGUCCAGCCUGAGUGCCACCCGCAGCCUUUUGAUCAACCUGGCAGUGUGUGACCUCAUGGUGGUGUGUGUCUGCAUGCCUAUCACCGUGGGCAACCUCAUCUACAAAGCCUGGGUCUACGGGGACUUCCUGUGCCGGGCCGUUCCCUUCAUCCAAGCUGUCUCAGUCUCCGCCAGCGUCCUCAGCUUGACCGUCAUCAGUGUGAACCGUUAUUACAGCGUGCACAACCCACUCAACGCCCGAUCUUUCUUUACCCAGCGGAGGAUCCUCAGUACCAUCCUGGUUGUGUGGCUGCUGUCCUCUGGGAUAUGCAUGCCCCUCAUUUUCAUGAACAAAAGGGAUGAGAUUGGGUUAGUGGAGGGUUUGCCCCUGGUGUUCCCCAUUUGCAGAGAAAUUUGGCCUCAGGAGAGGCUCAAGCAAGCUUACAACUUUCUGCUCUUCUGUGCUCUCUACUGCUUGCCUGUCCUCUUCAACAUGGUCAUCUGCUUCCUCACGGUGCGCCGGCUCUGGAGCCGCAGCAGCCGCCUGAAGGAGGGCACCGUCCUGCACCGCGCUCUGCCAGCCUCCAGGCUGAAGAUCCGGAGGAAGGUGGCCCAGAUGGUGGUGGCCCUGGUUCUGCUCUUUGCAGUCUCCUGGCUGCCCGUCUACCUGAUGGACAUCUGGAUCGACUUCAACAUCCCCAAGUCUUUGCAGGAUGUGUCUCCUUCUCCCUGGAUCUUGCAGCUCAGACCUUUUGCCCAGUGGCUUGGCCUCACCAAUUCCAGCCUCAACCCUAUAUGUUACUGCUUUGUUGGGAAUCUCUACAGGUCAGCCAAGGAAAUGAGGAGCAAAUACCAUCAAAGGAUGGUCUCUCUCUUUAACUUCUCCCUGUCUGAAGGGACAUCCCAUUCCUCAGUCCCAGAGCUGCUCUCUUACCGGAGUUCCACAGAGCCUGCAGAGAAAGGACCCUCCAGCACCGCUGCAAUGAGAUUUCUGGGAAAAUGUGACAAUAAGAACAAGUGUGGAAGCUUGAAUUCCUGCCAGCAUCCACCUCCAAGCACUGUCUCUAGUGAAAACACUUCCUUAUAA